CGCCAAGUGUUGGGGCCAUAAUGGCUAAGCUGAGAAACUGAGGACGGGAGGGCGCUUGAUCCUCCACAUUGCGGUGCUGUUCUAGCAGAGGAAAAUCUUGAAUUGGAGCAUAUUCUAUUCGUGGGGAUGUGAGUUCUUCUUGGUGCUCACGAGCACAGAUCCAGCCGAGACGAGCGUCGCGUCGCGUCUCGUCUCGUCUCGUCUCGACUCGACUGCGGCCCAACAUGAUUUCCUCGGGUGUUCUCAGACAUUCUUUUCGGAAGAAUGCUUGCUCGUGUCAUGAAGAUACGUCUGUCUUUGCGGGUCGGUGUGAUGUCUGCCGCAAUUCCAUGGAAAAUUUCCAUCUGAGAGACUCUGAAUCGUGGUUCCGGACAGGGAUUUGAUCACCGUCAGUUCUCUGUAGGACUCCUGUGAUGGCGGACAGAGUGGCAUCUUUGCCUUCUAUCUCCGGGAACCAGCUUGUUGUCAAUUAUGGCGAUUGUAUACGCCGCGGUAGAUGUCAUUUUGAGCAUCAAGUGGGAGGCUUUGUUUGGGCCCUCGGCGCCGGGUCUUCUCGGAGUAUUGGGUUGAGUUCUUCCAGGCCUGGAGCCAGUACUUUGAGAGAGAAAAAACAGUCGCUAUUUUUGUCGAGCAGGCAAAGUCCAUUGCAACUGCAAACGCCUAUUUUAACGAAACGUUACCAUUCAGGGUGGAGAAUAACGGCUCUAUCGGAUCCCGAGUUGCACUUCGUUCUUGAGCUGGCAAGUGAUGUUGAGCUUCAGGAACUGUCCAAGAUUCUUUACGGUAGAAGCUUGCUCAGCCCUUUACUGAAGUCCCUGGCAAGAGCGGACGGUUCAAGUAAUUACGAUCACGGCGAACACCUUACCGAACAGGAGGGUAGGGAUGCUUUGUUGGGUCGGUUAGAGUCCAGAUUUUUGUUCCUUGCGGCUGAUGCAAAAGCCACACUCAGCGGGCGUCGGCCAACCUACAGAAAUGUCUUGCUGCAAGUGAGGAAGAAACUGAGUGUUCCAUGCUCAGCUGAGUUAUCUACUGAAGACAUGGAAUCAGAGAUCUUUCUGUUUCUUCUCCAACAAUCAUCAAGACAGUCAAUUGCAGCGGAACUGCCUUCUCAAGAGGCUGUCAGUGCCAUGUCUAUAGGUGGUGAGAUGGAUAUUCGAGAAAGAAAUUGGCGGACCGUUCUGCCCAUGAUUAUGAAACUCCGCGGCAAGGAGAUGCUGUCUACAAUUUUGAAGGGAGGAGGCGCUGUGACAGUAUCCACCCUUCAGCGGCUGGUCUUCAAGAAGCUUUCUGGAAAAUUGCUAGUCGAGACUGCCCGAUAUCAGCUCGCAAAAGAAGCUGUAGUGAAGACUGGACAAGUCGCGGCAAUGCUGGAGGCCCGAGUUGCCGUGCUCGCAGCAAAGCAGGGUCUCAUGGGAGCUGCAAAGCGUUAUAUAACCGUCAGGAGCACAAUGUCCGUUCUCGGGCCCAUGCUCUGGGGCACCCUCUUGGCUGACAUGCUCAUCAGUUCCGUUGGCACUGAUUAUACAAGAGUCGUUCGUGCUAUCUGCGCCCUCGCACAAAUAAGGUUGAUGCGGACGUACCAUUCAAAGGAUAUAGAGGACUUAUUCUGAAACUUGAAGUGGCUGUAACUUAUUGAAUCAUUUACCAUAAUAAUGUUCCAGUAAAAUAUUUGCAUUUAUGAUUUGAACAUCGUGAGGCAGGAUAGCCUUACUUUUAUUCGAAGCUGCAGCGGAUCGAUUAUUGUAAUUACCGACCCUUCCCUUUCUGUCCUUUAGAAGGACACGUCCACUUAGAGCUCUUUGCCACCUUGAGAACAUCUAUGAUUCCUAUCUACAAUAUCUUAUCGCAUGGUGUAAGCACUGAAGUAUAGUGCUCAUUGCCUUGUGUCGCUUCGAGGUGGAAUUUAUUCCAAGCUAGCAGCCUGUGGGCGCGAAGAAGGUGCGGAUUAUACAGCUCUCUUUACUCCUGUCGGAGCGUGCCACGCAUCAGUGUCCAUUUUUGGUUGUCCGCGUAAACAAGUCAAGGUCGCCUUCAUCUUCACGGACCAGCCAGAACUCAACUGAUGUCUCAAGAACACCUGAGUCCCGUAACCUAAGAGGGCUCGAGAGCAGAUGGUAGUGUUGAGGAGUUUCCAAUCAUGUAUAUACUGAGAUCUAAGACCCAGUGAUUUUUUCCUUCCUGGAAUUUCGUGUCACCCUUUGUCUCCCUGUGAACUUUGGUGCUGGUAUUACAAGCCAUUGAGAAACUUUGACCGACAACAUUUUGUGGUCAUAAUCAUUUGAUCGAGGAG